GAUCGGGCCUUCAAUUUGUCUCCCCGCGUUCUGCUCCUGACUUCUGUUACACACUUCGGUUCUUUGCCGGAACAAAAACCAUCACCGGGCACACUUGCUGUUCAUCUGGAUCGUGUACCACCCCCCUCCAAGACAGGCGACCCUGAUUUGUUCUUGCUCGUGGGCCAGGCAGUUCGACCGCCGUUGCGCCAGCCCUCCAUCCUCUAGCCCCUCCUAUCCCGGCGCGUGUCACCUUGACCGACACCAAGUGCGACGUGACCCUACCGAGGCCGGAGUCCCCAUUCACAAACCAGGCCAUCAUGACUUCGGUGCUCCCAUCACAGUCUUCCGAUAUCAAACCUCCUCAUUCAGACUGUCUCCCAGACGGAGCCAUGCCUCAGUAUCAGGAGCCCACGCCUCCUCAUAAUAUCAAGCAGGAAGAUGAACAAGAGCGGGGCCGUCGUCGUAGUCGAUCUGAUGACAAAGAUGUCGAAGGGCUCGACCUAGAGGAUAUGGAAGACGGUGAUGGAAAUGGGAAUGAUGCCCACUCGUCCAAUGAGGAAGGGCCCGCAAGGAAACGACGCAGAAGCCGCAAGGGUCUGGACAAGAAGUUCGAGUGCCCCGAGCAGGGUUGCGGGAAGAGCUACUCCAGGGCAGAGCAUCUUUACCGGCAUCAGUUGAACCACAAUCCCAAACAGGUAUACAAGUGCGGAAUUGGUGAUUGUCAACGGACAUUCGUGAGGCUUGACCUUUGCAACCGUCAUAAGGAACGCCACACAGCCAAAGGGUCAGCACUGAGCAGAAAAGACUCCUUGAUGUCCCUGGCCUCCCCGACAACAGAUGGCCGUCCCCCUUUUAUGGCCCAGGGCUCUGCAUCUCCAGAAACGAACCGUCUGGGUAAUGGUAAAGGCAGGACCCUUUCCAUGCAGUUCAACUCACCCAAGGAUGCCAUGGGAAGCCCAUAUACGCCCAUGACUGCCAGCGCACCCACAAACGGCUACUCCAAUGGCAUCGACUACAUGCAGCAUGAUGCUCACUAUCAGCACAUGGCAGGACAAAGAUCUCUUCAACAUUCGCCAACUGGACCUCAACGGCCGUCAGUGCAGACAAAUGUUGGCCCUUAUGGGGUGCUGUCUCCUGUUUCAACGCAGCCGGGGUACCAUGGUCAUUCUGUCAACACAUCGCAGUCUGCGGUCCCAUAUGUCACACCGCAGAAUUUUCCUCCUUUUAGUUUACCUCCAUCAGAUUUCGCUACGACGUCUCCCGCAGCCGUUGUAAGUAGGGAAGCCCAACAGCAAGCCUAUGUGCCCUUGACGACUGCAGAGUCUUUUGAUCACCACCCGCAAGAUACUGGGGAGAUUGUGCGGCUGGAUCAGAUGAGUAUGCAGCAGACAAUGCCAGUCUUUGGCACUGACAGCAUCCUCAACAAGUCACCAUAUGUUGGAAUGCCUGAAGAUUUUAUGGCCUACCUGUUCAACACCCAUGGUGAAGGAUCACCCACCGUAGUUCCUGUUCAGGGACUAAAUUAUGGGGAGUUCUCUACCAACCAGUAUCCGUUCUACAACGAUCCCAGUCAGAUGGGCUACUUCCCACAAAUGGCUCCUCAACAAAUCAUGUCCGUUGAGAACCUGCUGGACCAAAACCUCCCCGAAUCAGUAAUUUCCGAUCCGAAGAGCGCCGAGAUUUUCGAACUUAUCAAGGAACGGUUCCACGAAAACGGCCACACGCCGAUUGAGAGGCAGCGCGACAACAUUCUCGAGGGCGACCGCAACAACGAAAACCACAUGUUGAGCCGGAAGAUGAUGCAAGCCUACAUUGUGUCUUACUGGCUCCAUUUCAGCGACCAGAUUCCCAUCCUUCAUAAACCUACCUUUUCUCCCGACAAAACACCAAACUUGCUCCUGAUCGCUAUGAUGACCAUUGGCGCCGCAUGCCUGGAUAAGGCGUACGGUCAGAAGGUCACCAAGGCGGGUGCCGAGCUGUCCAACUUUUUAGCCUGGCAUCUAAGAUGGGAGAUGUUCCAGGACCCCAACUGCCGGCCACCAGCCAAGCUUUGGGUAUUCCAGACGCUCCUGCUUCUCGAGCUGUAUGAGAAGAUGUACUCGACGAGAGAAUUGCACGAAAGAGCCCAUAUUCACCACGCAACGACUAUCACGUUGAUGCGUCGUGGCAGGGCCUUGAUCGGCAAGUCGGCUUUGGAUUCUCCCCCGAACCCGAGGGAUGAUAAAACCAAUGGUUCGAGACAUUCGUCAACUUCGGGCAUGGCUCACACGCCAGACGAGUGGUGGAAUCAUUGGAUUACCAAUGAAGCGACUCGUCGUGCAGCAUUUGCAGCCUUUGUAAUUGACUCGAUUCACGCCACCAUGUUUGGCCAUUCGACCGUCAUGGUGGCCCAUGAGAUGCGCCUACCACUACCGUGUGACGACAAGCUUUGGAAGGCAAAGAGUAGCGCAGAGGUGGGAAAGAUUGAGGCGGAGCUCAUGUCACAGGGCAAGCCGAUUGGGUUUCUCGAUGGGCUCAAGCGGACGUUGAACGGCCAGACGGUGCAAACCAACUCAUUCGGUCGCACCAUUCUGAUGGCGGGUCUGCUGAGCGUCAGCUGGCACAUGAACCAGAGAGACCUCCAGGUUAAUUCCCUUGGGGCUACCACGGCUCUUGGAGGUCGCGACAAGUGGCGGACCACGCUUACCCGCGCGUUCGAUUCCUGGAAGAAGGAAUUCGACCGGGCUUUAGAGGAGAAGCGAGGCGACAUGGCUGACCCUUAUUUCUUUGGAGUCAGGGGCAACGAGACCGACGUGGUCUUCGAAAGUCGCGUUGUCUUGCACCACUUGGCGCACAUGGCCAUGCACAUCGACAUUGUCGACUGCCAGAUCUUUGCCCGAGCCAAGCGCCUGUUGGGCCGAGCAAUUGGCGCGCAAGAUCUCAGCAGCGCUACACGUCGCAUGAAAGACCAGUGGGCUCCCUCGGCCAAAGCCCGCGACGCAACGUUCUACGCCCUGCAAUUCUUGCAAUCCGUUUUACUCCCAACCGGCUCCGGCUCUCCCCAAUCCAACGGCUACAGCAGCCAUAUGGACGAAGAAUACUCGGCCCGCGACGACGUCCUCCUCAACCGACCCUGGGUCUUGUACUUUGCCGCUCUCGUGGUGUGGUGCUACGGCUAUGCUCUGGAGGGUGCAUGUCCCGGGCUUCCCAUGCCGACUACCCACCAGGAUGCCGUCCGGCAGAUGCGCGAGUACCUGAUCAAGUAUGGCAGCAUUCAGUCGCCGGAGGAUCUCAAGUCGAUGAGGGGUAUCAACCAGAAUACGGCGCUGUUGGUGGUGUUGAAGGACACAUUUCGAGUGACGAGGUGGGAGUUGCUUCAUGAGGGUGCAACGCUGUUAAAUAACUGCAUUCUUUUGAAUGCUGGGGCGACUGUACCUUGAUUGUAGGUAGU